AUGGUAAUUGGAGGAAAGCCUCCCGCCAAGGACGACUCGAUGACCGAUCCAGCGGCACCGGCGACUCCGGCUAUUCACGAGGAAUUGCUCGAGAUCGAUGAAGAUUUCUCAGAGCACUUUGAUACCUGGGGAUCUCUCCGCCGCCUCAUCACUGAGAGUCGAGCUCAUUUACGUGUGGUCGAGAAGAGCAUAUCUAGCUGUGAAGUGGACGAAGCGCAGUUGGUCAGUGUGUAG